AUGGCGGGCGGCUCCGAGGACUACGACCACCUUUACAAGAUCAUCCUUGUGGGCGAUGCGACCGUCGGCAAGACGCACUUGCUCUCGCGUUACAUUCGAGGAACUCUCCCGAAGUCCCCCAAGGCGACGAUCGGCGUCGAGUUCGCCACCCGCACUGUGCCACUCGCGGUCGGCGGCACCGUCAAGGCGCAGAUUUGGGACACUGCAGGUCAGGAGCGCUACCGCAGCAUCACGAGUGCGCACUAUCGCCGCGCGGUCGGGGCGCUGCUGGUGUAUGACAUCACGCGGAAGUCCACGUUCCUGAAUGCAUCCAAGUGGCUCGAGGAGCUGCGACAGAAUGCGGAGCCCGACAUCGUCAUCAUGAUGGUCGGCAACAAGCUCGACUUGGUCGAAAAAGAUCCUAGCGCGAGAGACGUCCCGUACGAGCUCGCGGCGAAGUUCGCGCAGGCGAACGGGCUGUACUUCAGCGAGGCGAGCGCCGUGACUUCGUUCAACGUGAAGCACAUCUUCGAGAACUUGCUGCAAGAGAUUUACAACCAGCGCACCCAGGGAGGCAAGCACAGCGGCGGUGCGAACGGCCUGGAGCCACCGGUCCUCGGAGGCGGCGUUCACCUCGCCUCCAGUGGGACAUACAACCGAAACGCAGCGCCGGGCGGCUGCUGCGCGAAUUAA